UUGUUACUUACUUCUGGUUUGUGGAGAGAAGAGAACCAGCGACCAAAUUCUCCUCUCUUUAUCUCUCUCUUUCUCUCUCUCACACACACAAACACACACAUUUGAUCGGAGACGACGAGCGACUGAAAUCUGAAACAAUCGAAAACCAAAGGUGAAUUGUACAUAUGAAAUUACCGGAGAAGCAGUUCCGUUGCUGAUGGAUGAGAUGACGUCGUUUCAGUGGUGGUGGUAUGGAGUUCGAUAGUGGAAUUCCGAUGUCACGACCGCCUGUCACCGCCGAAGUAUCGUCGUCUUUGUCUCCGCCGUUAAACGAAGUUUAUGAUGGUAUUUCAGAUGCAUUGUGGCAAUUGAACUUGAGAUCAAGGGAAUCAAUGGAGUCCGGACCUUAUCCUGUUCGUGAAGGAGAACCAGAUUGUUCGUACUAUAUCAGAACAGGCCUUUGUAGGUUUGGGGCAACUUGUCGUUUCAAUCAUCCUCCUAACAGAAAACUGGCUAUUGCAACUGCAAAAAUGAGAGGAGAAUAUCCAGAAAGACCAGGCCAACCUGAAUGCCAGUACUACUUAAAGACAGGCACCUGCAAAUUUGGAGCAACAUGCAAGUUUCAUCAUCCCCGAGAGAAAGCUGGAAUAGCAGGGCAAGUUUCACUGAAUGUUUUGGGUUAUCCCCUUCGCCCGAAUGAGGCUGAAUGUGCUUACUAUUUAAGAACUGGACAAUGCAAAUUUGGAAACACUUGUAAAUUCCACCACCCUCAACCAUCUAACAUGAUGGUUGCAUUUAGUGGUUCACCUGUUUAUCCUGCAGUACAAUCUCCAACAAGUCCUGGUCAACAAUGGUCGUUGACCAGAGCUUCCUUUGUUCCUAGUCCACGCUGGCAACCCCCUUCAAAUUAUGCACAGAUGAUUUUACCACAGGGUGUGGUUUCAGUUCCAGGAUGGAAUGCCUACAGAGGUUCUAUGGGUUCUCUUUCAUCUAUAGACAGUCAACAUCAACAUCAACAUCAAGCAGCAACUGGAGGCAAUCAAGGCUAUUAUGCACUGGAAAGGGAGAAUGUAUUCCCUGAGAGACCUGGUCAACCUGAUUGCCAAUUUUACAUCAAGACUGGAGACUGUAAGUUUGGUGCGGUUUGCAGAUUCCAUCACCCAAGGGAAAGGGUGAUUCCGAUGCCGGACUGUGUACUCAGUCCAAUCGGCCUUCCUUUACGUCGGGGAGAGCCUCUGUGCAUUUUCUAUUCUCGUUAUGGGAUAUGCAAAUUUGGUCCAAGUUGCAAGUUUGACCACCCGAUGGGAGUGUUCACAUACAAUUUAUCUCCAAAUUCAUCUGAUCGGCAGCACAACAUGUUAGCAUCAGCAUCUGGUGGAAGCGGGGUACUCAAUAUUACAUCACAAGGGAAUAUGGAGGGUGUCUCCGUUACACUAUCAGAGAGAAUACAAAUGCCUUCAAAUGAUAAUUCCAUUGACCAUCAAGAAUAAGAACAAGGACAAGGACACCUCCUAUUCAAAAAGCUGUCUUUGACUUCAUUUAUAUGUUGUUCAUGUACAGAAUGCAUGUUAAAAAUCAACCUAUUCUUCUGGAAUUCAAUUCCAUCGAUAGGCUUUAAUUAUCUUCACAUCCAUAUAAUGCUCUGUUUUUUGACACAUUUGGGUGAGAUUAAAAACUUUUUUAAGUUUUUGUCUAA